AUGAAAUCCCUGUGUUGCGGCACCACAAGCUCUGGGACGCCGCUCAUACGAAAACUGCUCCAGCUGCUCAUCAAGGUUGGCUGCUUCACCGGCUGCGCGUUUCAGUCGUCGAAGAUUGUCCAGUCGUACUUUGAUCAUGGUUCAUCUGUCGUCACUUCGGAUGUUGCUCGCCAGGGGAUAGUCUUUCCGUCCGUCACAGUUUGCGUGGAUGCGUGGACGAACAAGACAAGACUUUGCGAGCUCAAAGGAAAAUGUACCAGAUCGUCUAUGAGAGUCGUCGUAGCCGGCUUUGUCCAAACAUUCGAUCUAGAGCUCAGGAACAAGACGGCAUUCGAGCCUCACGAGCUCUUCAGCUGCAAAAUGCGCUCAAAAGCGGGCUGCAAUGAUUUCGACUGCUCGCGCAUGAUGAAGAUGACGUUGUUUCGAAGGCCCUUGCAGAAGUGCUACACGUUGGACCUGAGCCAGCCCGCCGAGAAGAACGAGCAGGCGCUGCUGUGCAAGGAACAGUGGAAUUGGGAACUUCGCCUGGAGUCUAAGCUGAACGCAAGCAACAGCCUGAUCUUCAUGCGCACCGACCUGUUCCCGCUGAUAGUCAAGGCACCGUCCACCGCGCCAUUCGCUACGCUGACCCCAAUUGCGGCGCAGACCGGACGUGACAUCACAGUCACCAUGAAGCAGUCUUGCGUGCAAGAGUGCCAAAUGAAAGUGGAAAUGACUGUCUGCGGUUGCAUCACCUCCACGCACGAGUUCGCUGACUUCGCAAACCUUCCUGUUUGCGUGGAUUUCGCUAAAGGUACGAAUGAUCUCGACGAAGUCAUGUCAAUAUUUUGCGGCUUGUGCGCAGGUUUCGAGUACUGCAGGGACGUCGUCUAUCGCACCCGCGAAUACCGCAACUGCCUCAACAUCUGCGGGCCCCCAUGCGAAGAAAUAACCUACGACGUCAGGCUUUCCAGUGACACCGAAUACAUCUCUGGAUCUCCGGAGGAUAAGAUCCGGUUCGCAGUCACGUUGAAGUUCGCCUCUGAUUCGAUGGACCUCAUGGAACACCACCCAAUGAUGUCGAAACAAAAGAAAACAAAAAAAGCCCUCGAGAUCUCAUGGGCAGCCGCGCCGGCGCUCAGAGACAGCCGGCGAGACAGCAGCAAAUACAGAACGAGUUCGUGGAAGACGUGGGGGGGACGGGAGGGGUAUAGCCGUGUGCCCGAUCGGAUGUGCACGCUCUCGGCCGGGCAAAGAAGCAGGCAGGGCCCGGUGGCGCGGCGGCAGCUCUACUGCUGCUGCUGCUGCUGCUGUUGCUGCAGCGUCGCCGUCCAUCGAUUUGCGCAGGUCAUCGAAGUGCUCGCCUACUUGGGCGGCACCGUGGGCACUUGGCUGGGCUGCAAUCUCCUCUCGCUGCUCUCCGACUUCGGCAAUUGGCUGCUCGCAUCGAUCGACCGACUCACGCGCUGCACACUCGGGCGCACACGGCGCGGCGGAGCGGCCGUGCGACGGCAACACGCCGCCGCCACCGUCGCCGCUGCUGCUACUGCUGUGGCGCGGCUGCGUUCCACAGCAGCCACGGCGCGCUAA